AAGUAAAAUUUUAACCAAGUGACCUGUUUAAAGCCUUAUAUAACCGCCCGAGGGAUAUAUAAACCCCACCUGCUUUUCCAGAGGGUAAAAUGCAAGGAUCAACGUGGAAUUAAGCUUGGCAAAACCAUUCCCUUAUGCGUCUACCGUUCAUAGAAAAGGUGUAUGGAGUUUUCCCGCAACUGACAGGAAACUAGGAAGGUUGCAUGGGAAUUUUUGCAACAAAGGAGAAGCAACGGGGUAGCACACUCAGUUAUUUAGGGAGAAUAUAACUCAACGCCUCUUCUUUGGAAACGACACCCUCAAGAAUCCAUGCACACUAUUUGCCAACAGCUGACUUUUUGUAAGAAGUGCUGCGCUUUAUGGCUGUCUUUGAAGUUGUGAAGUGGAAUACAAGCUGGAUUCAAAUUAACGUCUUUCUGUGUAGAUAUUUUCAUCGCACGUUUAAUUUUUACAAGUAAUCGACCUAUUCAGGUAACGACCCUUAUUUGAGCUCCAUUGGUUUUGCUUAACCCAGACGGUUAGUUCUGAAUCUUGCAACCCGGCACCAUGAGUUUUGCCGAGCUCUUAGACCACGUCGGGGGGAUGGGUCGCUUCCAAAUCAUCUAUGCGAUCUUACUGGCUAUCCCAGUUUUCAUGAUGGACAGCCAUAACCUCCUGCAGAACUUCACUGCUGCCACCUCUGAGCACCACUGCCAGGUCCAUAUCAACAUCAACAACACUCCUUACACCAACCUCACCGAAAAGCUCGCUGCCAAAGACCUCCUCAGGGUCUCCAUCCCCAUGGACAGCAACCUGCAGCCAGAGAAGUGUCACCGCUUUGUCACCACGCAGUGGCAGCUCCUAGACUCCAACGCCACAGUCACAAACCUAACCGAGCUGGAGACUGAACCCUGCGCUGAUGGGUGGGUGUACGACAAGAGCAUUUUCACCAGCACCAUCAUUACAGAGGUACAUGAGAGCAAGACCUGCUGCAGCGCGGGUAACCGACUGGGAAAAGGAUACUGAAACCAUGGGGUGGAUGAGUUGAAAAUAUUUUUGUUGGAGUUAUGCCUUUUCAUAGAUUUUUGCAAGUAAGUUUCACUGUCCUCUGCGCAGAGAGGGUCAGAGUAUCUAUCUAUCAAUCCUCCUGUUCCUAGUAUCUGAUCUUAAAAUUUGCACCAACCUACAGCCCCUGCAUGUCUAUUGACAUCGGCUUGGUUUCAGGCUCAGUCAGUGCGGAAUUUCAUUCUGCACAGGUGUAGAGGAAAGCAGGACACGGCCUUUACGCUUCACAGAGGCUUGAUUCCUUCAGUGUAUGAGUAGGAGGAAGCUGUGGUUGCACUGGUUGGGGUGGGAAUUCCCCCGUCCAUUUUGCAGUCAGUUUCCUCUCAAUUAAAUUGGACAUAAUCCACUAAUCCGCAUUAAAGGAACUGUGAAUGAUGCCAAGAGCUAACCCUGCUCUCCCCUAGAUCUCAAAGGGCUUUACAAUAGUGACUAAAUCUUAUUAUCCCAUCUCACAACUUGGGGACACUGAGGCACAGUGAGGCAGCAUCACUUGCGCAAGGUCAGUGUCAGAGCUAGGAGUAGGGGUCCCAGUCUCUUGAACGCUCAGUCCAUUCAAAACCAUCCGCCUCACGUGGAAUCAUUAUAUUUGAUCCUACAUUAACAUCGAAAGGACCCAUUCUGGCACUGCACAGAGCCCAGCUCAGACUGGGGAACCCUUGUGCCGGAUACUGCAUGGACCCCAGCUCCAGUCAGGGCCCCAUUGCACUUGGCACUGUACAGACCCCAACUGAUUGCUGUAGGAACUGGCUGUCUAAAUGCCAUUAACGGUUCUGAAAAUAUCAGCCUAAGCCAGGAAUCAAACCCAGAUGUUCUGAGUCCCAGUUUGGGGCCUUAACCAUAAGCCCAGCUUUGUUUUCUCUCUCCCUUACAGUGGGACCUGG